GCUCAGUGUUUCGCAGCGAGUGAAGCUGUGGAGUACUGACGGAGUAUCAGCGGAGUAUCAGCGGAGUAUUAGCGGAGUAUCAGCGGAGUAUUAGCGGAGUAUUAGCGGAACACUGACCGGUUUAUUUGAUUAUUUGUCGUCGUUGUUGAAAACAUGGCGGCGAAACGUAAAAGUGACGUCAACGUUCCUGCGGAGGAAAGCGAUCAACUGCUCAUUCGCCCGCUAGGAGCAGGACAGGAAGUGGGACGGUCCUGCAUCAUCGUGGAGUUCAAGGGACGAAAGAUCAUGUUGGACUGUGGGAUCCAUCCGGGCCUGGAGGGGAUGGACGCUCUCCCGUACAUCGACCUGAUCGAUCCGGCUGAGAUCGACCUGCUGCUCAUCAGCCACUUCCACCUGGACCACUGCGGCGCCCUGCCCUGGUUCCUGCAGAAGACCAGCUUCAAAGGACGGACCUUCAUGACUCACGCCACCAAGGCCAUCUACCGCUGGCUGCUGUCGGACUACGUCAAAGUCAGUAACAUCUCGGCCGACGACAUGCUCUACACGGAGACGGACCUGGAGGAGAGCAUGGAGAAGAUCGAGACCAUCAACUUCCACGAGGUGAAGGAAGUGGCCGGCAUCAAGUUCUGGUGUUACCACGCCGGACACGUCCUCGGAGCCGCCAUGUUCAUGAUCGAGAUCGCCGGCGUCAAGUUGUUGUACACAGGAGACUUCUCCCGUCAGGAGGACCGACACCUGAUGGCAGCAGAGAUCCCGAGCGUCAAACCAGACAUCCUCAUCACGGAGUCGACCUAUGGGACUCACAUCCACGAGAAGCGUGAGGAGCGAGAGGCUCGUUUCUGUAACACCAUCCACGACAUCGUGAACCGGGAGGGCCGCUGUCUGAUCCCGGUCUUCGCUCUGGGACGAGCUCAGGAGCUGCUGCUCAUUCUGGACGAGUACUGGCAGAACCACCCGGAGCUCCACGACAUCCCCAUCUACUACGCCUCCUCCCUGGCCAGGAAGUGCAUGGCCGUGUACCAGACCUACAUCAACGCCAUGAACGACAAGAUCCGGAAGGCCAUCAACAUCAACAACCCCUUCGUCUUCAGACACAUCAGCAACCUGAAGAGCAUGGACCACUUCGAUGACAUCGGCCCCAGUGUGGUGAUGGCGUCUCCUGGUAUGAUGCAGAGCGGCCUGUCCAGAGAGCUGUUUGAGAGCUGGUGCACUGACAAGAGGAACGGAGUCAUCAUCGCUGGAUACUGCGUGGAGGGAACGCUCGCUAAGCACAUCAUGACGGAGCCCGAUGAGAUCGCCACCAUGUCGGGUCAGAAGCUUCCUCUGAAGAUGUCCGUGGACUACAUCUCCUUCUCCGCUCACACCGACUACCAGCAGACCAGCGAGUUCAUCCGAGCGCUCAAACCUCCGCACGUGAUCCUGGUGCACGGCGAGCAGAACGAGAUGGCUCGUCUGAAGGCGGCGCUGAUCCGCGAGUACGAAGACAACGAUGAGGUUCACAUCGAGGUCCACAACCCGAGGAACACCGAGGCCGUCACGCUGAACUUCAGAGGAGAGAAACUGGCAAAGGUGAUGGGCUCUCUGGCAGACAGGAAGUGCGCUCAGGGGCAGAGGGUCUCUGGGAUCCUUGUCAAAAGACACUUCAACUACCACAUCCUGACGCCCUCCGACCUCUCAAACUACACAGAUCUGUGCAUGAGCACGGUGACUCAGACUCAGGCCGUCCCCUACACCGGACCCAUCUCGCUGCUCGUCAGCCAGCUGCGCAGCCUCGCAGGAGACGUGGAGCAGGUGGAGGGAGCCGAGAAGAUCACCGUCCGCAUCUUCAAGAGCAUCACUCUGGUUCAUGAGGCCGGGAUGGUGACACUGGAGUGGAUCGCCAACCCGCUCAACGACAUGUAUGCUGACGCCGUCACCACGGUGAUCCUGGAGGUCCAGUCCAACCCCAACGCCCAGAAAUUUCCUGAAGGUCGGAGGGAAACGUUCCACGUGGACGUGUUCGUCGAGCGACUGGAGCUCAUGCUGCACGACAUGUUCGGAGACGACUGCGUGAAUUGCAAAGACGGUCGGAACCUGAGCGUGACGGUGGACGGCGUCACGGCGAUCAUCGACCCCGAGACCCGGUCCGUAGCCUGCACAGAGGACGAGUCGCUCAGGGAGAUGGUGGAGGUCGCGAUCCAUCGACUCUACGACGCCCUCAGCCCGACCACAUGACGAGCACGCCCACUCUGUGAUGUCACCAGCACGGGUCCAAUCACAGAGAGCCGCCGAUGAUGAAGGGGUGUUUGUGUCCAUGGUAACGCUCCGAUUAUUCAAGUGUAAUUUUGUAACGACAGUGCAGCUGUGAUAUGAGUUCAAUGCAACUUGAUGUAAAAUAAAUUCUGAACAUAAACACAAAUGUCCUCAUAUCAGCUGAUGUGAAACAACAGAUCCUGAGUCAAUAGAAUGAGAAAUCGUUUUGCUGAGGUUUCUCAUUUUGAAAGUUUCUGAUUAUUUCCUUAAUGUUUCUCUAAAUAAAAACACUGUUUUGAUA